ACCAAAACGGUACUUCAUAGCUUGGCCUGCUCUGGCUUUCUCGAUGAUCGCACGUCCCCAGCUCUUCCCUGUGCACCGUGACCGUCUAGUUAGUGGAUAAGUGGUCGCAUUACAGCUAAAUUUCACACGUGUAGCGAGGAGAGGAGACGCCCCUCAGGCCGCCGGGAGGAGCGUGUCACCGCUAACAUGUCGCUAGGGUCGUACAGAUCUGCUGGAUAUGGGGAGACAAUGGCCGCCAGUGGUUAUGGAGUGUCCCGCUACGUGGACUGCAACUCUGCCCUGGCGCUGCUCGGCUUCAUUCUUUUCGUGGACAUACUGAGGGAUAUCAUCGAGGACGUGACGGCACCAGCGGAGGAAGAGAGAGGGCUGCGGAGGAAGCGGUGGGCAGCGAGGCAGGGGACGUGGGGGAGUGUGAGUGGCGAACCUGACAUCCUCACCUUCGUCAGCGAGGGAGGCGACGACCACUUCUAUGAUAUCCUGCCAAGCCUCCUUUCCCCUCUCAUGGACGGCGCGUGGCAUCGGGAGGGAGAUGACUGUGCACGGAGGCGAGUGUGUGAGAUGAACCGCGCCCUGGGGACAGAGUAUGGCGUGUCUGGCAGGAUCUUUGGCACGCUGCUCAGUAACUUGGUGAGUCGAACGUCUUCUGGAGAAAAUUCGGCGAUGCUGGAGGCUGCGCGAGAGGGGCGGCGUGGUCAGAGAACCUGCGCAUCAGCCUUUCCUGCCUGCCAAACCCUCACAAGCAACGUUACCUGGCCAGCAAGUCUUGCACCAGUCCACCUCCAUCGCUCACCCAUCAAUGACCUAUAACCCCUCUAGUACCAUGACGCGUUUCUAUAUUCCUUUUGCUUACUAUUUGGUGAUAUUAAACAGUUUCAGAAACUUAUGUGGUUAAGUAAAAUAGUGAAGAAUGUGGCCAUUAAUCUUCUGCCCUCCAUAUAUCCUUCCUAAUGUCAAUAAAAUGGUCUAAUCGUACACAUAUCUCAAGGUAAAAAUGCGUUCCAGUACUGAAGAGAUAAAAAGCAUAAAGCCCAACUCACCGUGAUGUAAACUGAUUAACUCUAGAAUUCCCUGCUUGAUUCUGUAUUUUCUCUUUCCUACGACUUGAAUUCUUUCACGACGAAAGUUUCAAGACACUUCUCCAAUUUUGGAUAACUUUAUUUUUACUUUCUCCUUUAGGAAUUGGCAUCUCUGCAAGCAUUUUUUUUUUUUUUUAUUCAUACAGCCCUAGUCCAUUGAGUUUCUUACAUAAAAAAAAAACAGGAAUUUACAACGGUAUCGUACCCAUUAAACUAAAACAUGGUUAUUAUUGUCUCUGUACUGAAGCUGUAAUCAUAAUUUCCCACUUAUGGUUUCUCGCUGUCCCGAUCUCGAGGUUUAAGUUUUAAGUUUCUUUUAUCUUCUUCUUCCUCUUGGUGUGAUUUAAAACAAUAAAAUAAUAUCUAAGUAA